AUGCAACUCGACCGGGGCAUCACCGAGAGCCCCACGGAAAUUCGAAUUGCCCAUGUCGUCGAUCUACCCAAGAACCAGGUCCAGGCAGUCACAAUCUAUCCCGAGCUAGAUCGCUACAGAGAAAUCACGGGGCGGCCCUCGAUCUCCUCCGAGGCUUCCAGCGUCGACUUCCUACACAGGCUGGCGACGCACGACCUUCCUCCCCCGACGCCUGUGUUCUCCGGGACCAGCAGCCAGAUGAGCGGCUUCAGCGGAAGCCCUUCGACGAGAUUCUCCGAGUCGCCCGGUCCCGGCCCCUACAGCCGAGACACCACUCCCACGUCCAUGUCGUCACAGUCACCAGGACUAGCGGCUCCGAUGCGAACCCCUGCGCCCAGGACGAGACAACUGAGUCCGGCCGUAACCCGACCACCGGUGACCCGGAGAAGGGCCGGAAGCACGAAUGAGAUUGACGCAUUUAGCGCCGACCCUCAAGGCCUCGCCGCGGUUCGGGAGUCUCUUACAUCGUCGUCGUCGAACUCUACCGUACGGGAAGUAGAAAGGAAGGGUUCACUGAAGAAGAAGAGGUUGUCGCCCCUGCCGCCGAGUCCGCCGCCGCGCAAGUCGUCGCAGAAGUUCAACAGCCCCGGAAAUGAGGAGUCGCCAUCAAAGGUCGCUAGAGAGCCGGCCAUGCCUGUCAUGGCACCGCCGUCGCCGGUUCAGUCUCCUCCACGAUUGAUGCCAAGUGCCUCUCCUCGCCAGACGCCGCCUGCCAGGCCGAGUAGAGAGAACACUCCGGACCUGCAGUCACAAUUGUUCGGGCCCCUGCCUAUCAUCCACAGUAACCUGUCGUCCACAUCUUUGUCUAAUGACAGGCGACUUGAGGUACAGAUUCCCUCCAGAUCUGUCACUCCCCUGUCAUACCCUGAGCCGCAACAACCCCGCGUGCCAUCGGGUAGAGAAGCUACUCCGGCACCUCGACCGGCUACAUCGGACAACAAGAAGAACGAACGGCCCACUCGGACACCGAGUCCCGGAACGUCAGCAUUCAGCCGCUUCCCGUUCUUCGGCCGCCGCAAGACGGCUCCCGAGGUCACCCAGGUCGACAAGAAAGACAAGCCUUCCCGCAAGGGACCUGCCGCUGGCACCGGGCACGAAGGCUAUGGUCGUCUUGGAGCGAUUCGAAGGAGAAGUGGCAGCUCGUCCACCAACUUGGCACGCACUAACGCGGGACCCACAUCUUCACAAGACAGUCUCAGCAGUUCUCAGCCGACUGACACAUUCCUGUUGGAGCGUAUGAACCCGGUCAUCAUCUCUGGCGGUGGUGUUAUCGAGAACCGGAACCACAGUGUGGACUUGCCUCGCUCAGAGAGCAAUCAGAGCCUCGGCUAUGCAUCCGAGACGUCAACUACUUCCAGCAACGGACGGUUUGGACUGGCACCUUCGGCCAUCCCCCGCGGACGUCAACCGUCGCUCAGUCGUCGCCGUCCCUCUGAUAGCAGCGAUUCCGAGGCCGUCACGAUGAAGCCAACGCUGGCAUUCAGGAGGUCUAUUCAGCGGUUGAAGACAUCCCCUGACCAGAGCCCUCUCAAGCUUCCCCAGCCUAUCAACACAUCUGGCAUCUCGGCGCCAUCGAUCGACAGCCAUGACACAACCAUUCUGUCGGAUGAUUCCCAGUUUGAGAAGCACAGAGAGGUCAUUCGAGGACGUAUUGCCGCAGCCACAGCGACGCCUCCCAAGAAGUUGACCAAACGGACCCGAUCGCCAAAGAAGUGGAAUUGGUUCAGUCGCACUCAUAGCCAACCAGACAAGAAGAAAGAACCUGAGGCUGUCCCUGUCACUGCCACCGUCAAGGUUGUUCAGCACAAGCCAGCAGCCUUCUACACGAUGAUGGACGGCUCUGAGCAAGAGGAUUCUGGACCCCCGGAUGUUGAGGAGAUUCUACGAGAGGCCCAGGUUUUUGACCUUCCCUCACCACCACCAAUUAAGGAGACUGAUUUCCCUGCUCCGCCGCCCAUCAAAGAGAGGCGGUCAUCCACAGCAAGCCAGGACCAGAGGAGGGAAUCUUUGUCGAGACUCACACAGCCGACCAAGUCAUCGCAAGCACGCAGGAACUCUGCCUCCGCCAAGAGCACUUCGAUCCCAGCAAUUCGUUCCAUGAAGACACAAUCGCAGUCCAGCGCAGCCAAGCCUGCUGAGGCACGCCCAAGUCGUCUGCCGCAGGUCGGUCGUAUCCCCAAGGUGGUCACUUCGCGACCUGAGCACACUUCGUCGAGGAGUUUCUCCCGGCCCUUCAACAGAAUCAGCUUGAGUCUGCAACCGCAGGCUGCGGGAUUCAACCCCGAUUUUGUUGCUUCCGGCCCCAGCCCUCCCGAGCUGUCUACCCCUGAGCUCUCCCGUGGCGAGUCCGCCGCAACCAGCGGCGACACCAACUCGGAUCCCCGCUCAUCCCUGGUCGCGGCCAAGACGCCCGAGAUGGUCCAGAUCGGUCGUGAGUUCCUGGCCUUCUCUCCCCGAAAAAAUUCCGAGUGCACCACGAGCACCUCCUCCAGCGGCGGCAUGUACACUCUCGCGGACGCGCUCGCCUACGUUCCCGACCCAGACGCGCCUCUCGUGGAGGACGAGAUCUGGGACGAAUACAACGACCUCAUCGGCGAGGUCCCGCCCUCGGCAACAUCCUCGAAAGGCAUCCCCUUCCACCUCGAAGGACAGGACGGCAGACUCUCCAAGCGGUCUCUAAAGCCCCUGGAAUCACCAACCAUCAUCCCCCCCAAGGCCAUCGAGAAACCGGAAACCAACACGGCAGCUUCUUCCAGCAUCUACAGCGCCGACAUGACCGAGCGACUCAAGGCCGCCUUCGCACUCAAGCCCGAAGACAACUCCUUCACCCUCAUCCCCGUCGCCGAGAUCCCCGCUAGCGCAAUCGACCGCGAGUCCACCGAGCUGGCCCGCAAAGCCACCAUUACCUCCCAGCGGAGCAGCCACUCCUCCCGCAGGUCGCGCCAGUCCGUAUCCAGCUGCAAAUCCUCCGAGGACGAAUCACCGCUAUCCCAGGUAAACCUGCGAGUCGGUUCGAUGACGGUCUCCAAAUGGCUCUCCUUCGGCCACGUCCUCUUCUCCCCGGCGCGCGACCAACUCGUCGACGUCGUCGGCUCCCUCAAGCGGCACUCGAUCCUCGUCGUCGACGGCCUCGGAAACGACGACUGGUCCUUCUACGCGGCAGAGACCUACCCGGCCGCGACCUUUUUCAACCUCUCCCCACGGGCCCCCCUCCCAGACGAACACAAGAAUGCCUCCAGCUUCCCCCUCAGCCCCCCAAACCACCACCAGAUCCAGUACCUCUCCCACACCGACAGGUUCCCCUUCGGCCCCGAGACCUUCACCACGGUGGUCUUCCGCUUCCCCUCCGCCGCCCCCGAGUCCCACUACCGCAACAUCGUCUCCGAGGCCCGCCGCGUCCUCAAGCCCGGCGGCUACAUCGAGCUCUCCAUCCUCGACGUCGACCUCAACAACAUGGGCAACCGCGGCCGCCGCACCGUCCGCCGCCUCAAGGAACGCGUCCACGAGCGCAACCCCGACGUCUCCAUCGGCUCCAGCUCCGACCUCAUCCUCCGCCUCCUCGGCCGCAAAGGCUUCACCGACGUCAAGACGUGCCGCGUCGGCGUCCCCGUCGCGAGCGUCGUCUCGAGCAGCACGACCACCACCAGCUCCAGCUCCAAGCCGCCCGCCGUCACGCGCAAGGCCAAGGAGGUCCGCAGCCUCGCGGAGAUGAUGAACGACGACGGCGACUCGGCCGACGAGAACAUCACCAAGAUGGUCGCCAAGGUCGGCCGCUGGUGGUACACCCGCUGCUACGAGAGCGCCGCGGGCACCGCCGCCAGCCGCAGCAUCUGGGGCGACCGCGCGCUGCUCGCCGAGUGCGAGGAGUGGCGGACCAGCUUCAAGCUCAUGGUCUGCUACGCGCGUGUACCCGAGAGGUCCCGUACCGCGAGUAUCUGA